AUUAUUUCUUUUUUUAUAUAAAAAAAUAGGGAAAUAAAACUCCCAAAUUGGCAACUCUUUUCGUUUACGUUUUACGGGGAAUCUCUCGAUUGUAUUAGUCUGGUCGCUAUUUUUAAUUUGUUCUCGCAUGUUGGUAAACCUUUUCGUUUAUAUUUCACGGGGAAUCCCUAGAUUGUGUUGUACGUCAUUUAAUGUUGUUUUUGUUGUCAGUAUUCGUUAGUGUUUAUGCAGAAGCAUAUUGCUGUAGUCGCUGUUAUUAAAGUGAGUUCAUAGUGUUCAUACUGUAAUGUCCUCAAAAGAAGGAGAUUUGUAUCAUCAGCUGUUCUUGGCCUAUAAAGGCUCUCAUGCUGACUUGCCAGCGCAAGUAUGUCAAAAAAAUGCCAAUGAAAUUUGGAAAACGGCUAAAGAAAAACUAAAAAACAAAGAAAAGUUUAUAGGACAUAUAAAUGAUGUUAUACGAGAGUUGAAGGUGAAGGCCACGAAGAAUAAAGCAACAAUGCUUAGUUAUUUUACACAAGUUAUAAAAUGCGCAGAUGAAUCCUGCUGUUCACCACCGAGAAGUGCAUUGAAAUAUGUGUUUACGGAUACUUUCAUGCCGCCACCUUGCCCAAUACUUCAAACCCCAAGCAAGCUCGUAGUACCCAGUUUGUUAGACAAAGGAAAAUCCAAGUUUUCGCCACUUCUUGUAAGGUUGUCCGUUAAUCUGUCACCUUCUCUAGAAGGGUUUAAGCAGAUGCCUUACGAUUUCUUUUGUCCAUCUGUACAAUCCGACCUAAAGAAAAAAGUAUGUCCAACCUGUGGGAUCUAUUUCACAUCUCACAGGAGUGUUCAAAUGCACUGUCGUUACGUGCAUGGCAAGACUGUCCAAGACCAUUGUGAAACUAGAGUACGGCCACAGCGCCUUGCUGCCAGAAGGGCAAAUGAGCUUCUCUGCAUUGUGCGUCGUUAUGAAACAUCGUCUGAGGAUGCUGACUGGCUCGACGAAGACGAAGUUGAUGCAAGUGGCUUAACAAUUCCAGAACCGUCUUCGUCUGCACUCCAGGUGCCAGUGAUGAAAGAAUCUGAGUGGCUAGCAAACCCGUGGACAGAGGAGCAGUAAUUUCAAUCGAAUUGUUUUUAUAGACCUACUUAGAUACUUGGUUAAUAGUUGAUUAUUUUUUAUUUUGUUAAGAAUACGAUUUUAUUUCGAGUAAAAUGUUUAAUUUCAGUUGGGUUUCUGUUUAUAAUUGCAUUGCCAAAGGUUAAAGUAAUUAUUUGAAGAAUUUAUUAGUAAAAAAGCUAAAAUACUUAGGAGAAUGAAGGAGAAAAACAAUUGUGUUUUGUAAAGCCAAAAAUUUAUAAAAAAAUAAACAAAAUACGCAGGUGUUGCGAAUUAAAAA